AUGCUCGCAUCCCUCUUUCUCCAGGAUGACAUCCCGCACCGCAUCGUGCCCGUAGACGGCUACCGCUCCCUCACCAACACGCUCGCCGACGUCUUCCCCCCGCUCACCGACGAUGAUGACGCAGCGGCGAAUGUAGCCUCGACCUCAACGGCGGCAGCGGCAGCAGCGGCAGCAGCGGCAGCGACGACGACCGACGUGCGCUCCGUCGUGCUCAUCAAUCUCGGCGCGGUGCUGAGUCUGCCGACCAUGUUCAACAUCCCGCCGAGCUGUACGCUGCAUGUGAUCGACUCGCACCGCCCGUGGAAUCUGGACAACCUCUUCGCCACCAGCCAUGCCAACGACCGCGUGUGGUGCUGGGACGACGGCGACAUUGCCACCAAGCUGUGCCGCCAGGGUGGCGAGCGCGACGCAUUCGAAAAGCUCGAGUUCGACAUCGACUCGGACGACGACGAUGACAACGACGACAGCGGCGACGAGUCGCACUCGGACGCGAGUGGUUCCGACAGCGAUGCGCCCGGCGAUGCAGGCAAGCGCAAGCGCUCCUCUCGCUCGCCUUCGCGCUCCGCCUCGGCCGACGCUGACGCCAGCGAUGCCGACCUGGCCAAUGCAGCGCGCAAGCGCCGACGCCACCCUUCGCACCACCCCGCCUCUGCGCGGCUGACCAAUGCCGAGCGCCACCGCUACCGCACCCUCCUCACGCGCUACUACAACCGCGGCGAGAGCUACGGCAUGUCGACCUCCUCCAUGCUCUAUCUCCUGUGCGAAUCGCUCGGCCGCGCCGACCGCGAGUCUCUCUGGCUCGCCAUCGUCGGCCUCACCUCGCUCUACCUCUCGCACGCCAUCGACUUUGAGACGUACGAAGCCUACUCGUCCGCCUACGCCUCGGAAGUCAUCGCCAUCGAGCCUUCCACCUCGCAUCCUCGCUCCGAAGCAUGGUCUCUCGACCUCCUCGCCAAAGACGACUCUGCCGACAAAGCUGCGCCUCGGGGCGAUCGCGCACUGCGCGCAGGCAUCGCGCACAAUACCAAGAGCGAGGACGCCGACGACCGCACCAUCCGCAUCAUCCCCGCCGAGCUCCGCUUCACGCUCUACCGCCACUGGAGCCUCGAGACGGCCAUGUUGCACACCGCCUACGUUGCCGCCAAGCUCGGCUUCUGGCGCGAACGCGGGCAGGCCAAGCUGCGCGGCCUCAUGGCCAAGAUGGGCUUCUCCCUCACCGCCGUGCGCCAGAACUAUACGCACAUGCCCCUCGACCUGCGUCGCAGCCUGGCGGUCAAGCUCGAUGCCAUCGCACCCGAGUACGGCCUGACCGAGCUCAGCUAUCGCGGCUUUGAGCGGUCGUAUGGAUUUCAGACCGCGCCGCUGGGGGCGGCCGAUGUGGUCGAGGGCAUUUCGGCGCUCCUCGUCGCCGCGCACGGCGUCAAGAUCGAAGUCGAGACGCCCGGCAUGGUGUUUGCUUCGGCCAGUGCCGGCACGCCGUUAUCCACCAGCUAUGCCGCCAAUCGCGGUGGGGGACCUGCAACUUCGGAGCUAUUCGCCACCAAGCGCGCGUGGAAUCUGGGCACCCACCUUACCGAUGCCGUCUCUGCCGCCACCGCUGCCACCUCGAGCACUGCACGCGACGCCACGGGCGCCAAUUCGGGACUCGACCUCGAGCCCGUUAGCAGUGGACGCGCAAGUGGGGAUGAGCUGGUGCAGCUCGAGCAGGCGGAACGCCAUGUGUGGGUCAACAACUUCCACGAAGCCUACCGUGCCCUCGACACUCACCGCUCCACCUCCAUCCACCUCCUCCGCUCCUCGCUGCUGCUCUCUCAGGCUCUGCAUCGUCGCAUCGUCGCACGCGGCAUGGGUUUGAUCACCAACCAAGCCAUUCGUACACUCAAGAACUUCCGUCUCGCCAUUCUCAAGGACGGCGCGGAUCUCGAGCUUUUCACGCACGUUGAGAUUCUCGCCCAACUCGCCCGCUGGCUCUCAACCGCUUUGCGCGAUAUCAUUGUGGAGCAACAGGCGAAUCUGCCCAAGCGCAAAGGAAACCCCUAUACGCCACUGCCCUUUAUCAUCGCUGCGCUUUACCCGGCCAAGGACAUUUUCGUCGUCUUGGGCUCCACCGCCGCGCCCGUGCAUGGCAUGACGGAGGCCAACCAUUUCACAGCGGCGUUUCAGCAGGCCGCCAAGCUGAGCGGCGCAAGAGUCAGGCAUGACCGCUUCCAGACCGCCGCCAUCCAUGUGCGCAAGGCCGAUCUGGCCCCGUUCAUCGAAAAGGUCCAUCUGAAACUCAAGUAG